AUGGAAGCUGCUUACUCGAUUCUGUUGCUAUUUGCUGUUGUAUUUCUUGUAGGUGAAACUAUUCAACAACAGCUUCGGCGCGAUAAACGAAAUCUAAUCAUUGGCGGUAAACAAAUUUCAAUAUCGGAAGCACCCUACCAGGCAGCGUUACUCGUAAACGGAGGAUUCUUUUGUGGCGGUUCAAUCAUCGGUUCAAAGUGGAUACUGACUGCCGGACACUGUAUUUCUGAUAAAGUGGAUGAAACCCUAUCGGUUCGCGUGGGUUCUAACCUAAGGUAUGCUGGUGGGGUGGAAGUGAAAGUUUUGCAGGCCAUCAGACAUCCUAGCUAUCGUAAAGACACAUCGUCGAUAGUAUACUCCGACAUUGGCCUACUUUUGUUGGAAGAACCUUUGCAGUUCGACGGGAGCCGUGUAUCGUGUGUUUCGCUUCCCGCACAAGGCGAAAAACUACAAGCGGGUGCUACAGGCAAAGUGGCCGGUUGGGGUAAAACGCGCAAAUUCCGCGAUUCACCAGCGAGUCUAUCGGUUGAUACAUUGCUAGCAGUUGAUACGACUGUUCUACCAUUUGAAGAAUGUCAACGAGCUUAUGCUGAUUAUUAUAUGCAUGAAGAAACACAGUAUUGCAUGGGAGACCUUAAAGAUGAUAAAGGGGCAUGUAAAGGUGAUUCCGGUGGCCCAUUCAUAGUUGGAAAAACGGUCUAUGGUGUUGUAUCUUGGAGUAAACAAUGUACCGAAGUCGGCUCUCCAGCCAUUUUUACGAACGUUGGGGCCUACGUACAGUGGAUUCAAUACACCGUGGCUUCCGUUUCAUCACCAGAAGACCUAGUUUGUAAUUGA